AUGCGCUCAGAUGCAUCCGAACUCCAGGCUAUUGUGAUGGAUCUACAGCAUUUGGUUAGUCAAAUGAAUGACGGGAGCAUAUCAACCGAACAAAUUGAGCGUUACCUGCAUUAUUCAGAAGAGGCUGAUCGAAGACGAUUUACAAGUGGUUUGGAGCAGUUGAAGCACUCAAUUGCCAAUCUCUCGAGCAAGAUUAGCACUGAAAUAGGAAGAGAUGUGAUCUCAGAAAGGCACUCGACACAGGGUCAAUCAUGCUAUGAUUACGCCUUUCCUCUGUGA